AUGGUCGAAACACGAGGCAAUCGUCCGUCUUUUGACGGUUCGAAUGAGCUUCCUUCAUUCGACACUGUUGAUGACUUUGACCAGAAGCCCUCUCAUCCUCUUGAUGAGGCGGAACACGGAUCGCCGCCCGCGGCGAAAAAGCGCCGCACGGAUUCUGGGCCAGAUGAAGACCUGUCGAUUCAGCAUUUCAUGUCGGAGGAGCAUGGCGCAGGUCAUAAGAUUGAGCAAGAAUUAGCCAAUGCUCUUGGCGAGAGUGUCGUCGACACUGUCGAGCCGAACGAUCAUCCUCGAGGUAGUCAUAAUCAGCCCGAGACAUCACCGCAUGAUGGAGGCUCCAACGUUAACGCCGAUGUCACUUCCAUCAUCUCCGAGAUCAUGGACCACACCGAUCGCCAGGAAAAUACCGUAUUGAUGGGCCCACAAGAGAUUCCUGCCACCAAUGAAUUCCCUGGGGCACGAGGCUAUGCAUUCCUCAAAGCCAACUCUCAUUUGAAGAUCCAGAGUCUGCCCAUUCUGGAUAAUUUGUCUACUCAAAUUCUGUCAUUCCUGUCCAAGAACAGCUACCAAGAUCUCACUGCCAUGGUGUCCGAGCCGGACUCCGAGAACGGUCAGGCCUAUGCAACCAUGCGAUCUUUGUUCGACCACACCAAGCGUGUUUACACUGUGAAACACUCUUUUCUUCAACCCACCGAUAUCGAGAUCACGGAGAGCUCCCAGCUUGAUGUCAUUCGCAAGGCCAACUUGGCUUCGUUUGUGUCGAGCAUCUUUGGCUCACAAGAGAUUGGUUUCGCGGAGCUCAACGACCAAUUCCUGGAUGUUUUUGUUCCCGAAGGCAAUCGCUUGCUCAAAGCGCAAAGUGGUCUGUAUUUGGAUCUCAAGACACAAGCUUUCAUUGCGGCGAUGAACAACAAGUCCCGCACCCGGACACAGCUCCUGUAUGAGCUAUUCCCCGAAGAUAUGGAGCAGCGAUUGUUGGCAAGACGCCCGGGUUCCCGACAGCUAGCUCCCAGUGAGACCGACUUUGUCAGCCGACUCAACUCGCGCCGUGACAUUUUGUUGCGCAAGAUCAAUGAUGAGGAGGCAUUGAAGGCAUUGCCUGACAACUACCACUGGGAAGACUUCCUCCGCGAGCUCAGCUCUUACAUCUCGAAGAACUUCGAUGCUAUCAACACCCAACAGGGGAAGAAGCCGGUCAAAGGAAGACAGCCUUCAAGCUCCAACGGUGAUGUUCAGGAGUCCCCCACUACAACCCACCAGGGCCAGUUCGCGGUCACUCAACCGGUGGAGGUUCCUGUUGAUCGCAACAUGCACGGCGACCUCGUGGCCCGCGCUGCUCGUGCUGCACAGAUUGCCCUUCAGGGGCAUGGUCUGCGCCGUUCUCAGCAGCAAUCCCAACAGCAACACCAGCAUCAGCAGCAACCGCCGUCUCAGGCGAGUCAGUCCCCUUCUCAGCCUCCACCUCCGCAGCCCCAGCAACCGCAGCAGCCACAGCAUCAACACCAGCAACCCCAACCCCAACACCAGCACACCCCUCAGCCCGAGAACCAAUAUCUUCAGGGCUAUACCCCUGCUCAACAACCGGAACAGCAGGCUCCCCAACAAUACCACCACAGCCCCACGCCGCCUGGUGGAUACCAACAGCAACACGGGUUGACUUUCCAGCAGAGCCCACUGCAGGUUAACUUCCAGCAGUUCCAGCCCAAUGCUGCUCAGGCUAUGCAGGCCCGAGCCAAUGGCAUGUCCGCUAGUCACGUCUACAUGCCAGGCAUUCCCCACUACUCUCAGUCGCAACCUACCCAGGUUCUCUAUGAGCGAGCUCGCCAGGCCGCCUCGGCAAAAUCUUCCCCGACGAGCCGCAAGUCUGGCCUACCUAGUCAGCGCCGCCCUUGGACAACCGAAGAAGAGAACGCGCUGAUGGCUGGUCUGGACCGUGUCAAGGGUCCUCAUUGGAGUCAGAUUCUAGCCAUGUUUGGGCCCGGCGGUACCAUCAGUGAAGCCUUGAAGGACCGCAACCAGGUUCAGCUCAAGGACAAGGCGCGAAACUUGAAGCUCUUCUUCCUGAAGAGCGGAAUUGAGGUUCCCUAUUACCUCAAAUUCGUUACGGGAGAGCUGAAGACCCGUGCACCCGCCCAGGCUGCGAAGCGCGAGGCCCGGGAGCGUCAGAAGAAGCAAGGCGAAGAAGACAAAGCUCAUGUGGAAGGUAUCAAGGGCAUGAUGGCACUGGCAGGGGCUCAUCAGUCACCCGUCGGAGGCCAUGAGAUGUCGGCCUCACCAAGCCACAGCCUGCCCCCGGAUGCUAAUAGCCAGGCCGUCUUCGACCAGACUGCCGAGCAGAACCUGAUGCAAACCCUCAGCCAAGAAGUCCACGGCAGCCAGUACAACCCCCAGCAGCAUGCUUCGCAGACACCGGAUCACCACAUCGAUCCGCACAUGCAGCUGGGACAGUAA